UUAUAUCAAAAUUUAUUAAAAACAUUUCUCAACUUCGUAAACAGAUAAAAGACUCCUCGAUAACUAAAAUACGAAUUAUGAAUGAUACAAUUAUGUGUUAUAAUUAUAAAGACGAACAUGUUUCCUUUUUAUUCUCUCAAAAUAUUACCACCAAUUUAUUAGAAGAUGCUCAGGUGUUAUUGUAUUUGGAGAAUUUAAAGAGAACUGAUAUCUCUACUAGAUCUUUUGAAGAAUAUUAUUAUCUUUUGGGAAAAUGGUUAGAAGCCCAGUUUUGGAGUUCAGCUACCAAAAAAAUUAUCAGAAUCAAUUUUUCAGAUAGUGUGUAUCAUUAUACAUGGAAUGUAGCAUCAUGUGUAUAUAAAUUAUACCAUACUCAGG